GUCUUCCACCGCGGCCGCGUCGGCAAGAACGUGCGGCAGCUCAUCACUGACAUGCGGAAGGUGAUGGAGCCCUACACUGCCAGGGCCCUCAAGGUGCGGAAGAACAACUCCCUGAAGGAUUUCGUGGCCGUGGCCGGGCCGCUGGGGGUGACGCAUUUCUUGGUCUUCAGCAAAUCGUCCUCCAGCAUCAACUUUAAGCUUUUCCGGCUGCCGGGUGGCCCAACGCUGACAUUCAAGGUGAUGCAGUACUCGCUGAUCAAGGACGUGGUCUCGUCCCUCAAGCGGCACCGCAUGCACGAGCAGCAGUUCACCCACCACCCGCUGCUGGUCCUCAGCAAUUUCGGUCUCCAGCAGAUCCAGGUCAAGCUGAUGGCCAGCAUGUUCCAGAACAUGUUCCCCUCCAUCAACGUCCACAGGGUCAACCUCAACAGCAUCAAGAGGUGUUUACUCAUCAGCUAUGACACAGAGACACAGCUCCUCAAUUUCAGGCAUUACAGUGUGAAGGUUGUGCCCGUGGGCGUGAGCAAAGGCCUGAAGAAGCUGCUGCAGGAGAAGUUCCCCAAUAUGAGCCGCCUGGAAGACAUCAGCGAGCUGCUGGUGAAAGACGUAAACCUCUCGGAGAGCGAGGCCGAGCAGGACGGGACCCAUAAUGUCCUGGAGCUGCCGCAGGCGUACGCUGGCCGAGGCAACAUGAAGGCACAGCAGAGUGCCGUGCGCCUCACCGAGAUUGGACCCCGCAUGACCCUGCAGCUCAUCAAGGUGGAGGAGGGCCUAGCGCAGGGCAACGUGCUCUACCACAGCUUCAUCCACAAGACGGAGGCGGAGGUGAAGGAGAUCCUGGUGCGGAAGGAGGCGAAGCUGCAGCUGAAGGCGGAGCGGCGGCAGAAGCAGGAGGCAGACGUGGAGCGCAAGCGGCAGCAGCGUGAGGCUCACAGGAAGAAGAGCCUGGUGGGGAUCCGGAGGAAACGGCAGCAGGACGGUGACAGCGACGCCGAGGAUCCUGGUGCGCCAGAGCAGCAGGAUGCAGCCGAGCAGUCAGAGGAGAGCGAUGCUGAGUAUUAUCGGCAGGAGGUGGGCGAGGAGCCGGACAAAGAUCUGUUCCCUGACCGCACCAAGAGGAAGCGAAGCUCCUCAGGCGCUGCCCCGCUACGAAAGCGACGACGGCAAAGCCAGCUGGAGCAUCCCGCCACCCCCAGCCCUCGCCCCACGGCGCUGGGGAAGCGGCAGAAGGGAGAGCCGGUGCCGAGGGACUCACGGCACCAUGGUGGGGCCAGGCAGGGGGUGGCCGGCCGAAAGCUGCACCGAGGAACCAAGCACCCAGCCCGGGAGGGGACCGGUGCCAGCUCCGGCCGUGCUACCUCGAGGCUGAAGGGGCGAGGGAAGCUGCUGACAAAGGGGAAGACGAUUUUCCAGCAACCCAGACGUGCCAAGAAGGGGAAGCGCUGA